GUGGGGAGGGAAACUAAAGCAAGGGCAUCUGAUUGGCUGCCGGGGUACGCCCUUUCCCCGCCUCACAGAAGGAAGGUACCAAUGAACUCUGGGAAAGUGGGAGAAGGCGCAUCCUUCAAGGGGAAGGAGCUGAAGCUACGUGCCUGACGUCGGGCUCCCGGCAGCCUAGCUGGGAAGGGGAUGAAGGUGCCCAGUACAAUGCAGACGAGUGAGUUUGACUCAUCAGAUGAAGAGCCAGUUGAAAAUGAACAGACUCCAUUUCAGGUAUCAUGGCUACCCUUAUCCCUUGUGAAUUGUUCUCAGUUUCUAGGUUUAUGUUCUCUCCCAGGCUGUAAGUUUAAAGAUGUUAGGAGAAAUCUCCAAAAGGACGUGGAAGAACUAAAGAACUAUGGUAUACAAGAUAUAUUUGUAUUCUGUACCAGAGGAGAACUGUCAAAAUAUCGAGUACCAAACCUUUUAGACUUCUAUCAGCAGCAUGGAAUCAUCAUUCACCACCAUCCCAUCCCAGAUGGAGAUACCCCUGACAUAGACCGAUGCUGUGGAAUCCUGCAAGAGCUUGCAGUCUGUCUUGAAAAUAAUCGGAAAACCUUAAUACAUUGUUAUGGAGGACUUGGGCGAUCUUGUCUUGCAGCUUGCCUUCUACUGUACUUAUCUGAUACAGUAUCACCACAACAAGCAAUUGACAGCCUUCGAGACUUAAGAGGAUCCGGGGCCAUACAGACCAUAAAGCAAUAUAAUUAUCUUCAUGAUUUCCGAGACAAACUGGCUGCACAUCUGUCAACAAGGGACUCAGUAUCAAGAUCUGUAUCUAGAUAAAGAACAAUAUCAAUUUCUCACACAUAAAAAUAAGAUCCUUUCGGAAAUUUUAUGUAGUCAUCAGAAAUUUAUUAGUGUAACUAAUUCAAAUGAAAACAUGCCUGUACAGAUAUAUUACUAAAGUUUUUUGAGUUGUCAUUUUGUGUUCUUAUUUAGGGAUAUUUGAUGCAUAAAAAUCUUUGUUUUAUAUUACUGCAUGAUUGUAUUCAGCAUCCUUUAGAUACUUGUCAUGAUCCCUAUGUAGUGCUAAUGAAUAAGAAUACAAACUACCCUGGUCCUGAGUAGAAGACUGGAAAUUCCUCCUGGGUAUCUUGAUUUUUGAUCUUUCUUGAUCCUGGUUUACUUGCUUUUAAUGGUUUGUAUGCUUAAUGCAAUAAUGUUCUUUUUUCCCUCUCAUCAGAAUCCUGUUCUAUUUUUGAACUUUAAAAUUAUAUGAAUAUUACUUUUCUUUAGUUUGCUGACUGCUCAUUUUAACCAACCUAGAUUUAAUCUCAUGCAUUAAAGAUGACUAAAUUAAGAAAAUGUAACCUAAUUCAACAUUCCUUCUUAAAGCAAUUAAAGUCUCCUGUUUUAAAUUAUGCUUCCCAAACUCUCAAAUGAAUUUUAGACAUGGAAGACCAACAUACUUUUUAAGUUUUUACAUAAUAUUAGUUGGCUAUUAGGUAGUAAUAUCAUGUUCUAUAGGGUAUUGAUAUGUCUCCAAAGUAUAAUUUAUUUACACUGUACUUUAACAUCUAGAAACUCCAAAGGAAAUCUUUGUCUAUCAAAUAGUCUAACCUCAUCUUGCUACUGGAUAAUUGUAGUUUUUUAGAAGUGUUUCAAAAUAAUUGUGUUUUCAAGAACUCUAAACCACAAAACGUGUUCCAUGAACGAAACUCAUUACAUUAAUGUAUUUUAAUUAGAAAGUUAAUUCAUAGUUGUACUAAGGAACAUAUUAAAAAAUUACACAUCCUAUUAAUAUUCAAGUGAAAAUCCUAAGAAUUUAAAUUAUUCUCUCAAACCAUACAUUACCAUAAAUCAAGGGCAUUUUUGAACAGUGAAAAGUACAAUGGAAAUUUCAUUGCAGAGAUUUCCUAAGAAAUAACAUUCUGCAUUUUGAACAAAAGUACAAACUAAACAAACUUUUAACAGCAAAUAUCUUUGAAUCUUCAUUUUGCUUUCAUAUAGUAUAAAUUAUGCUGCCACUCUUCUAUUAAGGAUAAUAAAUAUAAUGCCACUGGUUAACUAUAAGGUCAACUACAUACUCAUUUUUAUAUCUGUUUCCAUUUAAAUGUCAUUUUUAUAUUAACAUGUAGAAUCCACUUAAAUUAUUUUAAACAGCAAACAAAUAUAACUUUCUGCAUAAUAGAACAUCAGACCAGAAACUUAGCACUCCGCAUAUUGCAAGUAUUUGGAGUUAGUGUAUGAUACGAUAGCUGGUUAACUGUAGCUGGAUAACAUGGAAAGACACAACCAAAAUAUGGGAGCAGGGAGAGAAUAAAAAAAAAUCUAAAAGAUUUAAUAAUCCACAAGCCAAAUAACUGCAUUUUAAAUAUGUGGUGCCACUAACAUAAACCACACAAACCACAAAUACUUUGACAGUUUUUAUUAAAUAUACAAAUGCAGAAUAAAUUCAUUGAGCUAUAAGGACCAAUUUUAAGUGCAUUUUCUUUGGUCAUAUAUAAAACCUUGUAAGCUUAAAACCUGAUAAUUUGUUUUAUGUAAUAAUGUCCUUUUUAUAAAAAAUAUGCUAAAAUAAACUAUAAUUUGUUUUGUCAGCCUCCAGAUGUAUGUCUUGUUCAAAUUUAUUACUUAAUUGCACCAUUACUUUCAGGAGAGAAGACAAGAAAAUUGUAACCCAGGAGAAGCAUAUUAUAUAUAGAAAAAACUUGACAGUUUAAACUUAAAAUCUCAAAUGUCAAUUCUGAAAUACAUCAAGAUGCUCUCUAAAUGUACACAGUUACACAGUGAAUACUAUUAAAACUAUUAGUGCUUCUGAAGCGACAUCAUUAUUACAUUGUAGGAGCACCAUAUAGUUAAAUACUGUUUCCCAAUUCCCAACAAACCAAAUGCCAGAGUUAAAAUCUGGUGAUUAAAGCUAUAUCCUUGGUCUAACUAGUACAACAUCUUUUAUAAGUACAGAUAAGUUAGCUCAAACAGUAAUACCUAUAAAAGCAGAACCAUUUUUUUCUUCCAUACAGACAAUUCAAUGGGAUUUAUUAACAUCAAAAUAUUGUUUGCACAGUACAAUUCUAAUAUUAGAGCUUCUUCCUAGCAAAAUAACUAAAUUAUUUCACUUUUUACAACUGGUGUAAAAAGUUGCAAAAAAUUUUAAGGAUGAAUAUAUUAUAAUAGUGGUGGGAGAAUUAAGAUUUUCUUCCCUAGUGAAAUGAUUAUUGCUAUGUCAGACUAUAGUUCUUAUUCAUCAGUGUUGCUGAAUAACUUGCAGUUAAUUCUGUUGUGAUUUCUUGCCAGAUGCACAGUUAGACACCAUAAAAAUGCAUUUGCAAUUUUAAUAAAAUUUCUUGGUACAAAAUAUU